AGGUUAUGUGCAGUGCAGCUCUCCUCCGGUGCAGCAGGGGGCGCUGCCUGCCGCUGAUGGGACCGUCCCGGUAGAAGAAAACCCGCAUCGUCAGGCUUCCGCAGCCCGAAGACGGUUUCUGAAUCCAGGAGAAAGAGGAGCAAAAUCCCCCCAAAAUGGGUUUCGUCAAAGUGGUGAAGAACAAGGCCUACUUCAAGAGAUAUGAAGUUAAAUUCAGGAGGAGGAGAGAGGGGAAAACCGACUACUUCGCUCGCAAGCGCCUGGUGGUGCAGGACAAGAACAAGUACAACACGCCCAAGUACCGCAUGAUCGUCAGGUUUUCCAACAGGGACAUCUGCUGCCAGAUUGCCUAUGCAAAAAUUGAAGGAGACCACAUCGUGUGUGCUGCUUAUUCCCAUGAACUGCCUAAAUAUGGCAUUGCUGUAGGCCUCACAAACUACGCUGCGGCCUACUGCACCGGACUGCUGCUGGCUCGCAGGCUGUUGCAUAAGUUCGGCAUGGACCAGGUGUACGAGGGCCAGGUGGAGGUGACGGGGGAUGAGUUCAAUGUAGAGAGUGUCGACGGCCAGCCGGGUGCCUUCACCUGUUACCUGGACGCAGGCCUGGCCAGAACCACCACAGGGAACAAGGUGUUUGGAGCGCUGAAGGGGGCAGUCGACGGAGGGCUGGCCAUUCCUCACAGUCUAAAACGUUUCCCCGGUUACGACACAGAGAGCAAAGAGUUCAACGCAGAGGUGCACCGGAAACACAUCAUGGGCAUGAACGUGGCCGACUACAUGUCUUACCUGAUGGAGGAGGACGAGGAGGCCUACAAGAAACAGUUCUCACGCUUCAUCAAGAACGGAGUCACGCCAGACACAGUAGAAGAAAUGUACAAAAAAGCACACGCUGCCAUCAGAGCAAACCCUGUACACGAACAGAAACCCAAAAAAGACGUCAAGAAGAAGAGGUGGAAUCGCGCCAAGUUAUCUUUGGCACAGAGGAAGGACCGCGUCGCCCAGAAAAAGGCCAGCUUCUUACGAGCACAAGAGCAAGAAGCAGGGGACGGUUAGGGGCUCAGCUCAGGCCCCUGCUGCAAAAACACACACGUCACAGACAAAUAAAUUUAUUUCAAAGUCA